AUGAACGUACAGCUGUCCACCAGUCGGCUUCGCACUGCCCCGGGAAUGGGAGAUCAUACCGGCUGCUUUGUCUGUGGGAAACAUGGUCAUUGGUCGAAAGACUGUCCAGUCGAUCGGAACGGUAGCCACAGCGAUGACGCAAGAGGUCGCAGUGGGCGGGGCCCCCCACGUGCUCCCCCAGGUUAUGGCAGGGCCGGCUACGGGAUGGCCUCACCUCCAGCAGCGGAUUACAUGAGUAGCUCUCUGUAUAGCCGAGCUAGUUACGUUGGCGGGCUGCCGCCUCCCCCUCGUAGGCUCAGCGGCUACAGCCCCGAGCUGGGAGAUAGGUACGCCAGCAGAGCAGUAGGCUCGUAUGCUGACAGGCCAUCACCUUAUGACCGUGAGCGUCUCUACAGCAGUGUUGACUAUUAUGAAAAGUACAGAGCUCGCCCUUAUGGCGCAAGCUAUUUCGAGGACCGCCGCCUGUCCUAUCUCCCCCCUCCUCCACCUCCUCCUCCUCCCCCUUCCUCACUCUCAAAGCUCUCAUCCAGUAUAGAUCCAUACGACCGUCGGCCUCUGGCUCCACCGUCAGCUGUUGCCGCCGCCGCCGCCGCAUACUACGCUCGAGAGCGCAGCCCAGUCCGACGAGCAGCGGUCUCCUCAGCAGGGUACACCUACGAGCGAACACGGCUGUCUCCGGUAUCCGCCGCCAGGAGCUCCUACGCUGUUUCACGGCCCAAGGAUCAUUACGCACAACGCUAUGCACCUUAUUAAAGCCGUGGUGCCAAGGUGAGCAACAAAUCCCACAAAGAUGACAGCUGACGUGGAAUGUUUUUGUUCUUUUGGCACCCGGAUAUUAAAAUCCACUGAGACUGAACUACGGAGCUUUGUUCGGGAUGCAAGUUUGGUAACUUGCAUCUCCAAAGUUGUAAGUGUAACAAGUACAUGUACAAAUCAAAUCUCCAGGCAUGGAUUGAUUCUGAAAGUCUGAAAUAAAUUUACAAGUACAUAACAUUUGUCCCACGUUUUACAUGCCUGCUCAGGAACCAAUCAGAUAGCCAAGAUCAACACAACCAUCAUGGCUCCCUAAAGGUGAGUCGCUUUCUGGAUUAAUGAAACAUUUAAGGGCCUUUAGCAGAAUUAGCUGGUAGUACAGAUGUGUUUUUCAUCUCCA